GGGAGGUGGGGAGGAGUAACGUCUGAUAUGACUGGCCGAGUAUAUAAACCAAGCAACUUGCACGCAGUCUGCAAUAUCGCUAAGAAUCUCUCACCGAGAAACAACACUCGCCAACAUGAAAGUUAUGCUUCUUAUCCUCCUGGGUUUGGUGGCUUUUGUCAGCGCCCUCCCCGAGGACGUCUUGGACUUCGAGGGGGAUGACGCCGAGCACGAGCAGGAGGGAACCCCAGGGGAAUCAGUCACUGGGGAGUACACCUGGGAAAGUCCCGAAGGAAUUGAAUUCGUGGUCAAGUACAUUGCUGACGAGAAGGGCUACAGAGUCCUCGAGUCCAACGCAGUUCCUUCUGCAGCAGGAGUCCGCGCCGACGGGGAACAGGCCGACCUCGAGGGUGACGAAGACGACGAUGAUAAAUAGAUCGUCAUUCUGUAUUAAUAUAAAUAUAUCAGAUGUUUAUUUAUGAAGGAAAUAUAUUGCUUGAAAUUA